CAUUGGGUGUUUUCAGGACAGGAGUCGCAUCAUGCUCUCUCGUAGGACCACACGUUGUUUUCAUGCUUCAAAUGCGAAGGUCACCCAACUUGUCUGGUUAUCUAAACUUAGCUUUAGCUCACAUUUCUCUGCGGUACGACAACCUGGUUUCGCGUAUACUGGCGGUUAGCUUGUGGUUAGCUUGUGGUUAGCCAUAAUGCUAACAGCCUUGUGGCCUCGCGGACUUGCCGUAGCAUGCUGUCUUCGUGGUGGGUGUUAGCUGUUACCAUAGCAACCCUACUCACAAGUGGUAGAGUGUAACUGAACUUAUACUGCAGACACACCUCCGAGCAUAAAAGACACAAACCUCGGAGCAGAAGAGACACACACGGAUAAAAACAUGGCUUCUUGCCUGGUGCCUGAGUUCCCGGCCGUCAUGGUGGCUCUGGAGCAUCUAAAGGAGCUGGACAAGCAGCUGAAGGAGGAGGGAGUACCUUUCUCACCUGAAGCCAGCCUCCACCUGACUGAGAUAACAACUGCUAUCACUGACCUGGAGGCGGACCGGCGUGCUACUCAUGAACAUUUAGAAGUGGAAACCAUAGAAAACAGCAAGCUGAGACACCAAAUUAACAAUAUAAGAGAAAGGAUGACCCAGGACAUCAUGGCUGACGUAGCAGCAGCCCGGGCAUCUAACGCUGAGGAGAUAGAGCAGCUGCACAAACACAUCAAUGCGGUUUCUCAGCUGCAGGAAGCCACUGCGAAGAGGCAGGAAGACCUCCUGAGCCAGAACGAAGCACUGCUCCCAGAGCGAGAGCAGGUGAAGGCUGAACAUGAGGAGAUCGUCGCUGCUCAGAACAAUGCAAUCACCUUGAAGUAUGGCUCCCAGAUGCAGCUGGAUCAGACACGGGAUCAGACGGAGGAGUUGAAGUCCUGCAUCGCUGCCGUCCAACAGGACAAAAUAACACUACAGCAAAAUAUGGUGCUGGAGAAGGAGGCAUUUGUUGUGGAAAAAGACAACCUGUGCAUAGAGGUGGACCAGGUCGAGGAUGAAAUUAAGCAGCAGAAGCAAUUGAUCAAGAGCAGCAGAAGAGAGUUGGACAGUCUUAAUGACAAGAGACGAGAAACCCAUGAGCGCCUGGGCCUGCUCAUGAUCGACAUGGCCAAGCUGGAGAGCAGUUUACGAAGACUGGGGGAUUCUCGGAACCAGUGCGAGAAACAGCUGCAGGGGGAAACCCAAAAGCAUCAAGAAUUCGAGCAACAGAGAGAAAUGCUUAAGAAGGACUUGCGUGAGUUAGGGGAAUCCUUCAGCGCUACCAUCCUGCGUCUCAAAGAGGAAAUUGAGAGAGUGGAAGGUAAAAUAGAGGAGCGUCGUGCAUCGAGAUUGCUCUGUCAAGACACCCUGGCUAAAAUCUAUGAGAUAUUCAAGUGUCGGCGCAACGAAGAGAACAAAGAGAGGGCAGAGCAUUUCCACAUCACCAGCCAGCUGGAGCAAUCCAAGCUGCGGCUGAUGAAGCGCAUUGCCUCCGUGGUCAAAUACCGCACCGAGACCAAAAAGAUGGACAUGCAGAUCAUAGAACUCCUGGAGACGGACAAGAUCACCAAGCGCGUGUUUGAUAGGAAUCUGGAAGAGCUGUGCGAAAACGUGGAUGCGGAGAAGAAGAACAUCGACCACGUCACGGAGGAGAAGAGGCGGCUGACGACGCUCUUGGAGGAGGCGCAGAGGAAGCAGAAGGAGCACAUGGCGAAGAUGACCUCCGGCACCAGCGGCGCCAGGAGUAGAUACCAGGAGCUUCAACGAGAGCAGGCCACGCUCCUGAAACAUCAGCCCAAGAGCGCAAAUGUUGGCUUGCUGAUGAGCCACGUGACCCAGUGUGAGGUGGAGUACAGACAAAAAGAGAUUGAACAUCGUGAGGAAGUAGAGCAGGUUACCGCAGAGGUCGCGAGCAUCACAAGGAGCUACGAGGAGAAGCAGAGAGAGGUGGAGGAGAAAGAGGUGAUGCUGAAGGAGGUGGAAGCAAAGGUGAAUGAAGAGCAAUCCAGGCACCGGAGACUGAAAACGCUGACCUCCGAGCUGAGGACGAAGAGGAACGAUCUGGAGCUGUUGAUUCAGGGGCUGAAGGAGAAAACGGGCUCUCUGCUUCAGCCCAAAGAGGAAAUGAAGGCAGAGCUGGAGGACAUGCGAGGCGGUUACAUGAACGUGCUCGACAAACAGGCCUCAGAGCUGAGAGCCGUAGAGAUAAGCAUCUAUGACAAUAGCGUGAAACUGGAGCAGGUCAACAUGGAGAACAGCAGGCUGCAUCUCCGUAUCAGACCGAUGACAGAGGAUGCUGGCAGAGAGCGGGAGAACAAAGAGCGAUACAGGCAGGAGGUCCACCAGUUCAAGCGAGACAUAAAGGCCUUGCUCGAGAGCUUACAGGAAGCAUGGAGAGAGGAUUCAUUGGUAACUCAGGACUGUCAGAACAGCGACGGUGUUCUGUUGGCGUCGAUGAGCGCCAUGUUGGACCGCCUGAAGACCAGGAGACAACAGCUGGGGAAAGUCACCACACACCUACACAAACUAAUGUUAGAUUUCAGCAAACGACUGGGGGAUAAAUCAGUGACAGUACAGCAGAGUUGAGUUGACCUGUAGUGUCUGUGAAAUCACUAUGGCUGCCAAUCGAUUAAAAUCGCAAAGAAAUCGCACAUUUUUUAUCUGUUCAAAAUGUACCUUUUAAAGGGAGAUUUGUCAAGUAAUUAUCAACAUGGGAGUGGGCAAAUAUCCUUGUUUUAUGCAAAUGUA